AUCUUGUUUCCAAAAACUCAAAAAACCCCAAAAUAUGAAUUCCAUCUCUAAAUUCUUCAUCUUCAAUAACCACAUCACUGCCCAACCCAAUGAUGGAAACUCAUUAAGUGGAGAUUGCUCUGGUUUUGUCCGUGAGCCUCCAUGCUUUCUUCCACUCAUCAGUCUGCUGCUAUUGCUGUUGCUUAUGCUGCUUCAUCAAUAACCACCUCAUUUUUUUUUCUUCAAUUUUCCUCUUUUUCUCUUCAUUAAGAACCCCUAUUUUAUCUUUGAUUUCCUUCACUCAAUUCCACUCUUUUUCAGUUUCCCAUCCAAAUCUCCGCUUGGAAUCAUAGAGGAAGAACAACCAAAAAACAAAAUGUUGUGGAAUAGCUCCCAAAAGCCCCCCAAGCUGCCGGCAACAAUUUUCUCAAGGAAACCGGUAGAAAGCUUGAAAUUUCUCCUUCUUCUCUUGUUAAAUAACAAGCAUAGAACCCAGAAAUCCUUUCCCCCCAUCUGCAGAAUUCCAGAUCUGCUCUGCUCUGUCCUCACCGUCCGGCUGCUCCUGCUUUGUGGGGGCGAAUUGCUCUGGUUUUUGAUUUUCGUGAGUUUCCCUGCAGAUCCCACCGGCCUCUUCCCCAAACUGCAGCUUCGGUUUCCUUGCUUGCAAAUUCUGGAAGCGAAAUCAAGGACGGGGAAACCACGGGAAGUGACAAGUUAGAAGGCUAACCAUUUCGACAUUGAUAUAGAUUUUAGAAAUAAAUCAUGCUUUUGUAAGAUAGGUUUUACCUUGAAUUUAUGAGAUCAAAACAGAUUUCGGUCAUUAGAUCAAUUACUUGGAUUUAAGUCAUUUUGGAUAUAGAAAUAAAUUGAGAUAUUUGAU